UUAUUUUGGUCGUCAUAAAAAUAGACUCCUCCCACUGAUUAGAUUUCCGCUCAAAAACGUUGUAAUUUUUUAUUUGUAUUUAUAAUUAAUUUCUAAAGAAUCGUUUGGCUAUAAAAAACAUCGAAAACAUCGAAGUGGAGAAACAUGCCGUUCAGCAAACAUUGUGACGCAAGUUGGCAGCCUGUUGACAAUCAGCUGUUUUAAAGCAACAUUUUGAGUAACGAUUGUUUAUUUUUGGUUUAAUUAAAUGCUAUUGCUAUUAUGGAGACUUGUGGCUUUAUUAUAACCAAAGGCAGCGACCUUGAAAGUUUCCUAAUGCGAUGUUCGUACUGCACCAUAGAUGUGGCGAUUGAUCAAUGGCACGAGUUUGUGCUGCACUUUCGUACAACUCAUGGAGCUACUUUUAAGGACACCACAAAUCAAUUAAAGAAAGAGGAAAUUAUUGAUGACCACUGCAUUCAGGAUAAAUCACUUGACGUCGCUAUAAGUGAGAAAGAGAUUGAAACUGAACUUAGAGCACUGAUAGAUGCCGAUGUCACGGAACCAGCCUCGCCUAUUUCGAAUGGAAAUGAAUAUGAAUCAGGGGAAAAUGCGCCCAAAGCUGAAUCAGAGCCGGACGAAGAGGUCCUGGAAGAGGCUUCUUCAUAUUUGCCUACAAAUCAGUUUUAUCCUUCGUUCUAUCGACGGGAUGUGCGCACGUUGACAUUUAUAGAGUCUUAUAAGAAUCAACCAUGUCUUUGGAAUAGGAGUGACAGCAAGUAUAAGGAUCCAAGUGCUUGUAAAACAGCCUACGGUCAACUUAGAUCGGAACUGCACACCAAUAUUGGCGUGAUAUUCACCGACCACUCCCUUAAGGCGGCAAUCAAAAAGUUGCAAAUGCAGUAUAACGCAAUACACAAUCUCGUCUUGAAUGGAAGUCAAAAAGAGGAUUCAGUUCCCUUUAGCCACUACACAAGAUGUGCGUUUCUAAAAGCCAGCACAGAGUCCUCAAGACCUCCCUCCUCCUUAUCUGAAUCUAGUUCGAGCGAAAAUGAAUCAAUGGAAACUGGAUCCAAUGCUGAAUCAGAAGAGAAUGAGGGCAAGGACGACGAGGGUUCUUCGUAUUUGCCCACAAAUAAGUUUAAUCCCUCAUUCUUUCGACGGGAUGUGCGCACUUUGACAUUUAUAGAAGCGUAUAAGAGCCAGCCAUGUCUUUGGGAUAUUAGCGACAGCAAAUAUAAGGACUUGAUUGCACGUAAAGCAGCUUAUCGUCAACUUAUUACUGAGCUGGAAACCAGUAUUGCCGUCGUAUUUACUGAACAUUCUCUGAAGGUAGCAAUCAAAAAGUUGCACACGCAAUAUAAUACAGUAGGGAAGCGCAUUUCAAACGGAAUUCAAAAGCCGAACUCAGUUCCCUUUAAUCACUACACAAGAUGUGCCUUUCUAAAAGCAAGCGGCGCAAACUCUAAAAAUUCCUUUGAAAUUGGACUGAUACAGUUGAAUUUUUCUAAAAAAAAUACGCUUACAACGAACUUCAUUCGCCUAUAUAGCAAUUAUCCACAACUAUAUGAUGACAAACAUAAAGACUUCUCAAAGAUGGAUGUCCGCAAAAAAGCAUAUGAUGAAAUAAAAGCAGCCACUGUUGCGAGUAUCGGGGACGUUAGCUGCAAUGAUAUCUAUCUUGCCAUACAGAGCAUUCGUCAAUGGAAUUUCAAGAGUACAAAGCAUGUUAAGGAAGCCAAUGAGGCGGAAUUGUUUUAUUUGAAGGCUUGCGACUUCUUGCCGAACAAAACAUUAAAACAAAAGCUUAUUUGCGAGAUCUGUCAGCAGGAGACUUCAUCCGAUCAUGUGCUCCAAGUACAUAUGCACAAAGUGCACAACAUUGGCGACUUGCCCUUUAAGUGCCCCUCGUGUGAACGGAGAUUUGUUGCACGCAGCGAAAUGGCAACGCAUAUGCAACGUGUGCAUAUUGGUAAGACACACAAGUGCGAUUACUGCGAGAGAUCAUUCGCUGUUAUCUCAGAUCUUCGCGUGCAUAUGCGCACACACACGGGCAAUAGCAUACUGUGUGAGCUAUGCGGCAAGGCCUUCAGAUUGAAAUACCAGCUUAAGGCACAUAUCACAGCAAUACACACUAAAAUAAGGGCCUUUAAGUGUACCAUGUGUCCAAAGGACUUCAUAAAAAAGGUCGAUCUUAAGGACCACAUCAAAAGUCAUUUAAAUAUACGUGAUAAAAUAUGUUCAACAUGUGGCAAAGGCUUUACUAGCUGCCACUCGCUUAUUAGGCAUCGACAAAUACACUCGGAUAUCAAGAAAUUCGUUUGCAAACUUUGUGAUGCGCGAUUCUCUCAAUUUGUUGGCCUAAAUUCUCAUAUGAAACGUACACACAACAUUGUCCGCAAUAGUGCUCAGAAAUCAGCUGAAACUAUAGUAGCAGACGAAACAGCUAUUUAAA